GCUAAAUUAGCUGCCCGUCUGUGAGCAGGUAGCUGUUUUGUCGUCGUCAUGUCGUAUAGUGCCAAAAUCGGCCCGUCCAUCCUGAGCAGCGACCUGUCAUGUCUCGGCAGCGAGUGUGUGCGGAUGAUGGAGUGUGGGGCGGACUAUUUGCACCUCGACGUCAUGGACGGGCAUUUUGUCCCCAAUAUCACAUUUGGGCACCCCAUGGUGGAAUGCCUGCGAAAGUCAUUAGGCAAAGACCCUUUCUUUGACAUGCACAUGAUGGUUUCCAGGCCCGAGCAGUGGGUGAAGCCCAUGGCUGCUGCAGGAGCUAACCAGUACACGUUCCACCUGGAGGCCACCAACAACCCAGGGAACCUCAUUAAAGAGGUCCGUGAGAGUGGCAUGAAGGUGGGUUUGGCCAUAAAGCCCGGUACUUCUGUUGAAACGCUGGCACCGUGGGCCAACCAGAUUGACAUGGCUCUGAUCAUGACUGUUGAACCUGGCUUUGGAGGACAGAAGUUCAUGGAGGACAUGAUGCCUAAGGUGAGCUCGCUGAGGCGUCAGUUCCCCUCGCUGGACAUCGAGGUAGACGGCGGCGUGGGCCCCGACUCCAUUUACAAGUGUGCGGAGGCCGGCGCUAACAUGAUCGUGUCGGGCAGCGCCGUGAUCGGCAGCGACGACCCUCGCUCCGUCAUUGCCCUCCUACGCACGGCGGUGGUUGAGGCCAUCCAGAAGCGCUCGCUGGACCGCUGACAUGACCUUUUGAUGACCUCUGGUGGAUGUGGAAGGUGAGGCCGGACUGCACCUUCCGUCACAAUUAUGUGAAUGAAGCCGGACCGUACAUUCAUACAAACAUUCAUACAAACAUUCGUAAUAAAUAUUUUUUUACCCACUCGGAAAUGAAAUCAUCCAACAAGCUCUGUGUUAAAAAUUAUUUUUCUAUAUACUGUGUAUAUGCACACACUUCUGGCAUUCAUCUGUGGGAGUUGGUUUUAUAAAUUAAAAAGCCUUCAAUGUUAUUUGCAUGUGUGGAGUUUUUUUGUUUUUUUUCUGUUGGAUUUUGACAGCAAUGUGCAUAUGCAUUCAAGAGAUGUCAAUUUAGUAGGAACUAGGCAUAAUAGAUGUAGGUGUCCCAAAGAAAUCUGACUUUUGAUAACAUUUGUGUUUUUUUACCUGCUGUAUAAAUGCAAUCAUGGGCAAUAAUCUCUAAAACAGUGAUUAAAAUCACUACAAACGUCUUUUUCAUCUCAUUGGGGUAAAUUGCGUAAAGGUGGUCCUGGCUGGUCCACUGACGUAAUGGACUCAGUGCAAAGUGCAGAUUGAUGCCGUAC